ACCCAGGAGAAGAAUGGAUCUAUACAGAAGAAUUAAGUUUAAAUAUCCUUACUGUUCAACCAAGGACCUGGAGCUCAAGAAUGUCAAGAUAGAACCAAACCUGGAAAGAAUACACAUCAAGGAGGAACCAAACCAUGAUGAGAAUAUUCUAAUUCAAUCCUUCCACAAAUCCUAUAUCAGCAGGUUCAACAUUGAAGAUAUCCUAGCCUCCUCAGCUCUUCUUGAUCUCAGCUUAAAGAAGGAGAAAUCUCAAGAACCCCUAGAUCUAUCCUUAUCCACAGUAUUCAGCUCUCAUCCAUCCUCAUCCUCUCUACCAUUCAGAUAUUCAUCCUCUUCUCAUCCAACAUCAUACUCCAUCCCUCCUCAAUACAGGAGUAACAGCUUAUCUCCUCCAUCUUCAUACUCCUUCUCUCCUCUCUCAAGAUACUCCUCCUCCUCAUCCUCCUCCUCUUUAUCUCCGCCUCCUGUAUCUCCUGUAGGCUCCUCCUACUCUGAUAUAUCCAUCACUGAGCUCAAGAUCAAAUCCUUUACUCCAGACUCAAUCCUAGUUCUUGAUGGAAGAUCAAAGAUCAAAAGUUCGUCAACAGACAAGUAUCAAUGUGCAGAAUGUGGAAAACAUUUUGCCACAAGUUCCAACUUGUCACGACACAAACAAACCCAUAAAGCUCUAACACCUGAAAAUGCUAAAUCUUGUCAUAUUUGUAACAAGAAAUAUGUCAGCACUCCUGCUCUUUCAAUGCAUAUUCUAACCCACAAUCUCUCCCAUAAAUGUGAUAUUUGUGGAAAAGGAUUCUCCAGACCCUGGCUUCUACAAGGACACAUGAGAAGUCACACCGGAGACAAACCUUUUGGAUGUGCUCAAUGCGGGAAAAGGUUUGCAGACAGAUCCAACUUGAGAGCACACAUGCAAACUCACAACAAGCGUAAAGAGUUUGAAUGUGAAAAGUGUGGUAGAUGCUUUAAUGUGAAAACCUAUCUUGUAAAGCAUCAAGAAGUCUGUAAUCUCUCAUAUUCCUUCAACUAACCACUGUCAACAGUUGGUUCAUAUCUCUUCAAAUUAUUUUGUAAAUAUUCUAAACAUUUUGUAAAUAUUAUUUCCAUCCUCUGAAGGCCGGCCGAGUGUAUUGAUUAGUCAAAUCAAAUGAGAAAACCAAAGAUCUAGUUCUAGUCUAAACAAAAUGUAUUUUUUUUUCAACAUUGUUUGUAUUUUUGUAAAUUUAAACUUUUAUAUAUUUUUUCUACCCUAUGCAAUACUAUGCAAUACCCAGUACCUUAAUAAUGCUCAUAUAAAUGUUCAGUCCAUAAUUAUAUAUCUAUGCAAUUAAUACCUAAUAACAAUAC